CUCCAUGGCAUCUGCUGUUGCUGGUAUUGAUGAUUUCACCGUAACGAUGAAAAGGAAGGAGAAGGUGGCAGCAGUUCUGCCAUUGCAAGACCAUUUGCUGCCCCUCUCCAACCUCGACUUGCUCCUUCCCCCUGUUGACGUAGGCAUCUUCUUCUGUUAUAAGAAGCCUAUCAGCACAACCACCAAUAAAAAAUCAAGCUUCCCUUCCGUGGCCAGCACUCUCAAGAAAUCCCUUGCCCAAGCCCUUGUCUCUUACUACGCCUUUUCCAGUGAAGUUAUUACCAACUCCCUUGGUGAGCCUGGGCUCCACUGCAACAAUCGCGGAGUCGACUUCUUUGAAGCUUAUACAGACAUAGAGCUUCAACAUCUGAACCUUUACAACCCAGACGCCACCGUCGAAGGGAAGCUCGUCCCUAGGAAGAAAGAGGGGGUGUUCUGUGUUCAGGCAACGGAGUUCAAGUGCGGUGGGGUGGUUGUGGCAUGCUCAUUCGACCACCGAGUAGCUGAUGCCUACUCAGGGAACAUGUUCUUGGUAUCAUGGGCGGAGAUGGCUCAGUCAAAAUCUAUCUCUAACCAGCCAUCUUUCCGUCGAUCCUUACUCAACCCGAGGCAUCCUGGCUCCUACGAUGUCUCCAUUGACGACAUGUACGUGCCACUAUCAUCGUUGCCACCUCCAAAGAAUGAAGAACAAGCAGCCGAUGAUGACAAGAUCAUAAGCCGCAUUUACUAUGUGACUGCCCAAGACAUCAAUGGGCUUCAGGCCCGUGCCAGCUCCGGCAGCUGCAAGAGAACCAAGCUCGAGUCGCUGAGUGCAUGCCUGUGGCAGAUUGUCGCGAAAAGUAUGAAAGACAGCACUAGAAGAUGCAAGAUGGGGAUUGUGGUUGAUGGGCGGACAAGAUUGAGUGAUGGGGAUAGACCCAACAAUUGCAUGUCAAAUUACUUUGGGAACGUGCUGUCGAUACCAUACGGAGAUGAGAGAGUUGAGGAGCUGACGAUGAGGCCAUUGAGUUGGGUGGCAGAGGUGGUGCAUGAAGCGUUGAGGGGGGGUGCAAGCAAGGAGCAUUUCUUGGGAUUGAUAGACUGGGUGGAGGCGAGACGGCCACAGCCAGCACUGGCAAAGAUAUAUUGCAAGGGAAGGGAAGACGGGGCAGCAUUUGUGGUGUCAUCUGGGCAGAGGUUCCCAGUAGAAAGAGUGGAUUUUGGGUGGGGGAAGCCAGUGUUUGGAUCGUAUCAUUUCCCAUGGGGGGGUGACGCAGGUUAUGUGAUGCCAAUGCCGAGUGCAAGUAGGGAGGGGGAUUGGGUAGUCUACAUGCACCUCUUCAAAGGCCAGUUGAAUCUCCUGGAAGCUGAGGAAGGCCAUAUCUUUCACCCCUUAACUCCUGACUACCUUAAUUUGCCUGCUACUGCUGCUGCAGCCUCCCAUGUUUCUGAUGCUCAAGAGGGAAUUCCAAGCAGUACCAACAGUGCUACUAGUACGAAUGUAGAAGACUGAGACAAGGUGAAGCAUUUUAACCUUGCAUGAUGUAGAUUCGUGAACGGGAUGCUUUACCACUAAGCUUGAGUUUUUGUUUUGUUUUGUUUUUUUUUUUUUUCUUUCUUUUUCUUUUUUUCCCCUUUUUUACCAAUUGAAAAUGGUGUUUACUCUCUCAAUCUCUCUCUCUACCAACUUGAAUUGAAAAAUUCUGAAAAGGAGACCUUAAAAUCCAAGAGAAAAAGGUCAGGUGCAAAAUCCUGAAUUUCAAAUCUAAUUGCAUUUGCUGGACUGCACUAUUCAGUGACCAUUUGCAACACUUGUGAUAAUGGGAAAGAUAGGUGCGCCAAGAUAAAUGGUGGCUGUCUACAAAAGGUGGCUGAGAAUAAGAAAUGCAAUUUCAUCAAAAUGUUCCACUUCUAGAUUCCCGUCAAACUAUUUUUAAAAGAGAUUGAUAGUUAAUAUGGACCGGGCUACAUCUGCCAGGAUUAGAAUGGUCCAAGCAAAGGCAGAGAGACAUUAUUACACCCAGGCCUGGCACAGUCAUGUAGCUAAGCAUCUAGCCCUUGGCAUGGUGCUGACUGCUAGCUUAUUACCCAGCCCGUUAUCACCCAUAUUACAUAAAUAAGCCCGGCCUUUAUGCAUAGGGUUGCACAAGCCCAGCACCAAACAGCUACAGGUCCAUGAAAUCUCAUGGCCAGGGCAUGAUUUGUUUAUCCUUUUGAUAUUGAUUGACCAUUCUUCAUGCUAUUGAUUGGAUGGUUAACAGAUGGUUGGGAUGAUUUGACUGGUUUGUACCAGGACCCGCAUGAAUCCACUAUCCUAGCAAACGUUUGGCCAUGUCAUGUGUCAUUUAAAAGCCUUAGGAAAAGGGCGAGGGGUGACACUGGAAAUGAUGAUGUUUUCAUUUCCUGUGUACAAGUUGAAUCCAUACAUUUCAGAUUUGUAACACUUUGUUUUAGUCUAGUAACCAAAGGUGCAUGGAAGACGAG